GGGAACAAUAACCAAUGAUGCAGAACCACUUCUGGCCUCAAAACAUUGAAAGCUCCGCCCUCUAACCAAUGAAAGUGGGAGACUCUGAGAAGCACAGAGAAAGGCACAGGAGCCUGCACAAGAGUGACCUGAUAUGAAAGCCUAUGAAAAAGUGUCAACCAUGACUCCUUUACCAGUGAUGGUUUUUCUCCUAACUCUGCUGUUACCAUCAAUGCACACUGAUGGAAGGGUACUGACACAGACUCAAAAUGAAUCCACCAUAUCUUCUAAUCAUAAGACAGAUAACAAGGCAGUCUUGGACAAGACUGACCGCCAAGACAAAGGAAAUAAACAGGCCCCAGAGAAGGUAUUCUGUGCCUCCAUUGAAGAUCAAACAUUAGUUGAAGACUUGGCCACGGCUAAUCAACACAAGUUAAUCCUGUCUAAAGACAAGAUGUCCCAGAGUACUCAGAAGCAUCAAGUGGACUCAGUAAACUUGAAUCAUAUGGCCAGUAGACUUCAAGGGACCAGAGUGAGGCACCAAGAAGACAGUUCUAAACGCAAAGUCAUGGUGUGUUUGGAAGAAUUCUUGGAAUUAGUGAAAAAGACCUUGGUUUCCCAUUAAAUUUAACUACAAGUCUCCUGGUGUCCAACAUGGUUUGGCUCUUAGUAGUCUCUUUUUAAAGUCCUAUUACCUCUUUUGUUAACCACCCAAACAAAUGAGUUUAGAGACUGUAAAUGAGCACAAUAAACUUUCUCCUCCCUUCAAUUAAAUACUAAAAUCAACCAGAGGCAGCAAAGAAAGGGUUCUGAACUAGCAGUAGAAAGAGCAGGCAAAUAGGAAUUAUCAUGACAUUAGAACUAAGAGACUAGACUUCCUUUUUUUUAAGUGCACAUAUUACUUCAUGGCAAGAUACCUAGUAAAGUCAUUAUGGGCUCCUCACUUUUCCUCACUGUAGUCUGAUCAGAUGGGAAUGAAAAUAUCAUAUGCUUUGAAGUAUAAAGCUUUGAAGUUAUAAAGUACUAAGUAUAUUGAUUUUUCCCAUUGCUCACAGUCGCAUUUCACUCUCCAUUGCCUCUUUCUCCUGUGAACUGUAAGUCAUCUCAAUAAAUCUCUCUCCU